AUGCCAAUCGACAAGAUCCAAGUAUCGGGUGACUCCCGCAUUGAGUACAAGACCGCUACAUUGAACGGCUAUAACUACUCCUACAUUCUCAGCCAACCUAAAUCAGGACAAUUCAAAGCUACUGUCUUCCUGAUCCAUGGCUUCCCCGAUCUCUCCAUGGGAUGGCGGUAUCAGAUUCCCAUGCUCGUAGACAUGGGAUUUCGGGUGGUAGCCCCCGACUGCCUUGGAUACGGACGGACAGAUGCCCCGGACGAUUUCACCGCAUAUGCCCUCAAACGUUGCGCAGCGGACAUCAAAGCCCUAGCAACCCAUCUAGGCGAAACCCAAAUCAUCCUAGGUGGACAUGAUUGGGGUGCAGGACUCGCCUACCGCAUUGCCCUCUGGCAUCCAGAGCUAGUAAGCCAUCUAUUCACAGUCUGUGUGCAUUAUGUCCGACCCACGGCCAAGUAUUUCCUCAUGGAAGACCUUAUCCGCGACGUGACACCGAACUUCGCGUACCAGCUGCAGUUCAAGAGCGGGGAGGUGGAGAAGGUUGUUCGGUCGAAGGAUGAGAUCCGUCAGUUUUUGCUCGCGCUGUAUGGGGGGCGCACGGAGGCAGGCGAAUCUGGGUUUGAUGCCUACAAGGGUGUUUUGCUUGAUAAGCUUGGCGAGUUGAAACUUUCCAGGUUGUUGAGCGAGGAGGAGUUGGAGUUUUAUACGAAUGAGUUUGUUCGGAAUGGGAUUCAUGGACCACUCAACUGGUACCGCACUCGUGAUGUGAACUUUGAAGAUGAACUUGCUGUUCUCGACCGGGAGAUCCAGAUUCCUACGCUAUUCAUCCAGGCGCUGAGGGAUCAGGCUUUGCCGCCUCACUUGGCCAAAUCUAUGGCGAAGCAGCUCCCGCGACUGACUCUGAAGCAGGUUGAUUCCUCACACUGGGCUCUGUGGGAGAAGCCUGAGGAAGUCAAUACGAUCAUUGGAACUUGGCUGAAGGACCAGUCUGUUGCCAAUGAAGUGUCUGGCAAGCUCUGA